AUGCCUGGAGCCCCCGUUACAGCGUGCCUCCGCUGUCGACAGAAAAAGAAACGCUGCGAUCAAAAGCUACCCAAAUGUCGCUUGUGUGAGCUGGCGGGCGUGGAAUGCCUCGGAUACGAUGCUGUGACCCGAAGAAAGGUACCCAGGAGCUACAUCAGUAGUCUGGAGCAGCAAGUGGCGUAUCUGAAAGCGAAACUUGAGGAGCAGAGCCAGAAUGGCCACGCGCAGACGCCUGUUUCAGAGUCAUCAAGAGAUCCCGAAAGAAGCUCGGCGGCAGCAGAAGAACAUUCGGUCCAUGCAACAGCAAGUCAUGGUUCCAUCGCUGCAGCCCCCACGCAGAGUCGUCCCUCGCGCGAGUUGUUGCUACCGAGGAUCCUUUUGACGGAUCUCGUAGACUGCCAGCUUCCCUCCCAGCAUGGCCGGCUUUCUGGUUUUCUAAGAGAAUUGGGUGGGGAGACAAUCUCUCUGCCAUCGAGAGAAACCGCGCAGGUUCUCAUCACGGCCUACUUUCAGUCCGUGAAUGUCGGCAUGCCGCUGCUCCACGAGCUGACAUUCGACAACAAGGUGAAUCUGCUCUACAGCAUGCCCCGGGCAGUUAACCUUGUCGAUACGCACAAUUCUCCUGAAUCACGGAUGGCUGUGUUUUUCGUGUUUGAGGUGUUCGCGAUCGGGCUGCUUUCCAUGCAAAAGCAGGACCCGGCAGCAAUUCCAAGCUGGCUGGCCGAUCGCUACCAUACCACCGCCCUCAGUGCCUUGAGCGAAAUUGGGGUGCCGAAUACCGUCCAAGGGGUCCAGGCAUUACUUCUCCUCGGGCAAUACUCUUACCAUCAUCCCACCUUACGCGCUGUAGCUAAAACCAUCAGUUCCGCCCUACGUCUUGCCGUUGAUCUCAGGCUGCAUGAAGACCACAGCGCCGCCGGCUUGGAUUUUUUUACCCUCGAUACCAUGCGACGGACGUUUUGGGUGGCGUAUGCAAUGGAUCGAAACAUCUCGAUGGUUCUUGGUGUCCCGUCGUGUCUAUCCGAUGGUGUGAUUUCCGCGCAGUUCCCCAGCGAAAUCGCAGACCAAUAUAUCACGCCCAACGCGAAUCCGCUCUCUGAGCGGCGACCGCUUUCCGGUUCGAAGCGUGUCAGCCUCCACUUGUUCCGGUAUCGGCAGAUCCAGUCCGAGAUCCGAACCAUGCUGUACGAAAGACCGAUCAUUCAGUACAUGUCGAUGGUCUUGGAUGAGUGGCAGGAACAGAUGCGCCAGCGCAUCGAGAUGUGGUACCACAGCGUCCCGGCCACGGAGAGCCUCAAUGAUUGUGAUAAGCGGAUCAUCGAGACGUUCGAGGUCACGUACAACUCAGCCCUUUUCUACCUCCUCCGGCCAUCGCCCAAUAUCCCCUCCCCGUCCGGAGAUCAACUCGUCGCAAUGACACACGCCGCACAGAACAUGAUCACCCUCUACCAGCAGUUUUUCUUGCAGCGUGUCUUGACGAUAUACUGGCAGUCGGUCGAGAAUAUCUCCUCGGCCGGUACCGCUUUGAUGCUGGCCUAUGCCCAGUCAAGCCGGGUGCGAGCAGCGAUAUCAUUCCGCAGACUCGAGUCCCUCUCUCGCACCUGUUCCUCUGUUCUAUGGGCAAUGGUCGAGCAUUUUCCCGCCUUCCGAAACAAACGUGAUGCAUUUGACGAGACCGCGUCCAGGAUUCUGAGCAACCUCAUUGGCAAUGCAGAAAACGAGUUUCCACUGCAAACAGUUGAUGUAGAUGGACAGGAUGAACAGGAUGCCGCCCGAAUGACUGCUAAUGACACUUCUUCUGUAAUAGACGGGGAAGAUACAUUGCCUUUGACCGAGGAUUUACCAUUCUUCACCACGUCUCAAAGGGACUUCAGGCAGUCUGGCGAUCCCCAAUAUGAAAGCGAUCCGCAUGGAGGGGCUACUCCCGACGGUAUUCGCCUGGCAGAUCUUGACGAGGGUCUCUCUUUCCUUUGGCAGGCGAUUGCCAAUCCAAACGGGCACUUUACAUCUACAUGGAUAUAA